CGAGGACACAGUCAGUGGUGCGAGAAGGUCCAGCAUUGCAAGUUGUUGAAUCCACGUCCAGUACCAACACAGAGGUAAUAUGAGGAUGAUGAUGCGGCUGCUGGCGCUGCUGGUGAUGUGGGCCAUCCUAACUGAGGCCCAGGGACAACAACCACUUAAGUUGGCUGCCUGGAACAUUCAGAGGCUCGGGACUAGCAAGAUGAGUAAAAAUGACAUUGUCAACUGUUUGGUCAAGGUAAUACGGCGGUAUGAUGUGUUGGUGGUGAUGGAGACGGUGGAUAAAAGCUUGACAGUACCUGGACAACUCCAUAACGAACUCAACAAUGGCCUGAACCCAACUGACACCUACAUGUACGAUUCAUCUUCCCGGAUGGGCAUUACCACAUACCAGGAACAGUACGUCUUCUACUGGAAGCCCUCUCGUGUCAAGUGGGUGCAAAGUUACACGUUCAACGAUUUAGGAAACCAGUUCACUUAUGACCCCUUUGGCGCGGUCUUCAUCGUCAACUCGGGCAAGAAUACUUUGAAGUUUGGUAUGAUUGCUAUACACGUUUCCCCGAAGAAGGCCGUGAAGGAGAUAGACGCCCUUGUUGACGUGUACUCAGACUUCAAGCAAAAAACUGGUGUCGAUGACGUGAUCAUAGCUGGGGACUUUAAUGCCGGGGGCAGUUACGUCUCAAAUAAGGAUUGGGUUGACAUACGCCUGAGAACCGACCCUAAAUUUACCUGGCUUAUACCUGACAACGUCGGCACCACAACCACGGGCAGCAACGCCCCCUACGACAGGAUAGUGGUGGCUGGAAAAGGAAUAUAUAAUGCUUUGAACAAGAACUCCGCAGGACCUUACGACUUCAAAAAUUACUGCGGUAUCACCAACCUUGUUGACCUGAAGCACGUGAGUGACCAUUACCCGGUGGAGGUGUCCAUGCAGUGAAGAAUGCCAAAAGUAUCAUCCAGCAAGGUCUAUAGAAGAGGAUGUCAUCCCGCACCUGACCCAAAAUGCGACCCAACUAGCUUAUGACGUCGGCUACAGCCACAACUAUGAAAACUGGUGUCCUCUGUUACUUAAUGCCUGCUAAUUGUGCAGUGUCUGGGUGUAUUUUUUUAUUCAAACGAGAGGGGAAUAUACACUUCUAUACAUUUCCUAAAGAUGAAGAACUCGGAUACAAGUGGAUUACCUUCUGCAAGAGAAGAGACAACAUCACAAUACUGCUAAUGCUAGGUGGGCUUUGAACAGUGCUGCCAGAGGCACUAGAGAUUCCGUAAAUAACAUAAAAAAACAAAUAAUUAAUUGCGCCCUCUUUCCUUCUCCCCACUACCUCUCUCCCUCUUUCUCCUUUCUCUAAGAACACAAGAAUGGAGAAACUGUAGCGAGACUAUGGGCCCAUACAAUAGGCAGUCCUGUUUACACCCAACCCAUAUCGCUCACUUUUCAUGUGAGGUUAUUACUCCGGUCACCUCAUCUUUUCAUGAUGGCCAUCACAAGUGAGCAAGUCAGUAUGGACCUCUCAGAACCAAUGUCCGAUGAGAUGAAGUCUAGAGUUAAGAAGUGCGCGCGCGCGUGUGUGUGUGUGUGUGUGUGUGUGUGUGUGUGUGUGUGUGUGUGUGGAGAAGGUGCUCACUGGAAGGAAUGACACUUAGGUCUCACCACAAGUUUUUUCCAUCAGGAAAAGGACCUGAUGAACAGGAGGGUGAAUUAGAGUGACAGGAGAGUAGGGAAUGCCCCUCCUACUAGUUAUUGAGAAAAGGGGACAUCAGUGUUACAGAGGAGAGAUCCUUAAAUGUAGUAUACUCAAAGUGUGACGUGGGUAUAUUUUUUUUGCAUUUGUUUUUAUGUUUUGCAAUUAAGUUAUAUGACUUGGUGGAAAGUUAAAGUGCUGUUUGCACCUGUGAGGUAUUCACUAUUGGGCGUGAAUGCGCUGCUAGCCCUGGUGAGAUUUGUGUGAAAUGUGAGUUGGGGAGAGUAUUUUGUGGAAGGAGUGUAAAAGUGCUGUAGGGACAUACGCCCGGAGUUUUAAACACCCUCUUCCGUUGAAGAGGGUCGUCGUGUUUCAACCCGAGUUAAAAAAAAUAUGAGUCCCGAAACACACCGCAGUACAGUACUUGACGGUAAAAUUAACUAAUUCCAGUAAAAUUAAUUUAUAAUCUUGGAAUUAGUUAAUUUUACCGCCACACCACCCUGUCAAGUACUGUACUGCGGUGUCCUCCUGGACUCAUUUUUUGCUUAAACUAGGGUUAAAACACGACCACCCUCUUCAACGGAAAAGGGUGUUUAAAACUCCGGGCGUUAGAGAUUAGAAGGUGACUCAUCACAAGGCUGUGAUCAUCUGAUGAGGACUGUUACCCAAGGACGUAAAGAUACCAUUUGUGAUUUCUCCAGUUUCUCUCUGUAAAUCUUACAUAGGUCUUUUGUUGGAUAGGAAGGUGUUUCGUGAUUUUUCAGUAGACCAGGCAUGGAAACAUGGUGCAGACACAGCUUAAAUGACUAUGCCAGAGUGACAGAUAGUCCGUGGCUUGAUUUGGUCACCAUAAGGACCUUUUCGUUUUUCAUUUUUAUCCUGGGACACACCCAUAAGCAAGGCCUCCCUCGAGCCUGCUACAUUUCGCGAGUGUAACAUAUAUCUUUCGCAAAAAGGUCGAACAAGUCUUUCCACUGGCUUGAUGGGGUCCAUUUAUCUGUUCCCAGAUUAAUAAGUCUAUGUUGAAUCUCGUGGAGUUCAAUAAGCUUUGUUGAUGUAAGAAACUAAAUUUCAGUGUAUGUAUUCUGCUACAAAAAAAAUAUGUUUAUGUAUGUAGCCUCCCAAAAUUUAAAAUUUUACGUCUGUGCAUUCGUUUCCUUUUUCAACUUUUUUGGCAACUUGUACCAUUUUUUUAUGAAUGAAAUUUAUUCCAUGCGCAUGUAA